AUGGCCCCUGAUGGCCCCCGCCCCGGCCCCCCGGCCCCCACCCUCUACUAUUUCCAGUGCUUGACGUGUGGCUCCGUGUGCUUCCUGGAUUGGCAGUGGAUGGACCUUUCCUGGCUCCAGAACCCCCGGACCCCCCAGGUCUCCAUCCUCCAUCCUCCAGUUCUGCAGGAAGGACGCAGAGAAAUUGGGAGGAGCGGCGCAAGUGCGAGGGUCUCUGAAUCAAGGAGGAGGAGGGAGGGACCCCGACCCCCCCGCAGGUCUCUGGACCCCACCAGAACCGCACCCGGACCCCCCCCCCGAACCCCCCAGCAGGUCUCCAUCCUCCAGUUCUGCAGGAAGGACGCAGAGAAAUUGGGAGGAGCGGCGCAAGUCUCUGGACCCCCCCGGCUGCAGACCCGCACCCGGACCCCCAGCAUCCUCCCCCCGGACCCCCAUCAGCCCACCCCCGGACCCCCAUCAGCCCACCCCCGGACCCCCCAGUCUCCCCCGGACCCCUAUCAGACCACCCCCAGCCUCCCCCCGGACCCCCAUCAGCCCACUCCCGGACCCCCCAGCCUCCCCCGGACCCCUAUCAGACCACCCCCAGCCUCCCCCCGGACCCCCCAGUCUCCCCCGGACCCCUAUCAGCCCACCCCCGGACCCCCCGGCCCCCCCAUGACCACCGCGGAGGCCGCGCAGAGCGCGCCGCUGCUGCUGCGCGGCUCAGUGCGCGGCUCCUGUUACCGCGGGCUGUGCUUCGUGCUGCUGGUGCUGCAGGGCGGGCUGCUGGACCUGGCCCUGGUCCUCAGCACUGACCUGUCCUGGUGCUGCUGGGCCGUCACCGACCUGGCCGUCAUCGCCGGAUGGGCCGUCUUCUUCCUCAAGAACGCGCGCAGCAAGCGGGAGCGCGCCUGCGGCUUUCGCCAGAGCAGCUCCGUGUUCGGGUGCGCGCUGGGCGAGUUCACGCACGCGUACCUGGCCUGGCUCGUGUACGUGAUCGCGUACACGCCAAGGCUGCUGCUGAUCGUGGAGACGCCCAUCCUGCAGACGCUGGCCGCCCGCGUGCCCGGAGGGAUGACCGCCUUCAAGGUGAACGCGCUUCUGUGCGCGCCGCUGCUGUUCUGCCUGGUCAACUCCGUGCUCGUGGACCUCAACGGGCCCACGCGCCUGCACGCGCACGGCUGCUUCGUGAGCACGUGCGUGGACGUGCUGGAUAGCUUCACGCUGCUGGAGCCGCUGCUGGCCGGGGACGUGCACGCGGACGGGCCCGCGCUGCGCUACACGGUGCUGGGCGCGUAUGUGGCCGCGCUGCUCGUGCCCGUGGCCUGGCUGCACGAGCUGACGGCAUCUGAGCUGCGGUGCACGGGGCUGUGCGCGCGCUUCUGCGCGGGCGUGCUGGUGGACGCGCCCGCGCUGGCCGUGCGCGUCGUGCAGGUGUGGGUGCACGGCGCGCCCGUGUCCGCAUUCCUGCUGAAGAACGUGUUCUUCCUGCUGGUCAGGGCCGUGGAGCUGCUGGAGCGGAGCGCGGUGCUGCGUGCAGCCCGCAGGCCGCCCGGGCCCGCGCACUUCUCCCGGGGGGUGUCCGAGAACGACAUGUGCCCGCACGGAUACGUCAACACGCUGGCCGUGGCGCAGGCCUAG